AUGGCUGCAGAAGCAAUUGCUUCGGUAGUUCUUGAGCGUCUUGCCUCUGUCGCCCUAAAUAAGCUGGAAGAACAUUUCCAGUUAGUGAUGGGUGCUAAAAACGAGGUGAAGAAGCUCACCGAUUCCUUUCAGGCCAUCCAAGCUCUGCUCUAUGAUGCAGAGAUGAAGAAGAUCACAAAUGAAACUGCAAAUGCGGGUGUGAGUUUAUGGUUGCAACGGUUCAGAGAUGCUGGUACUGAUGGUGCCAGCACCAGCAGCAAUAACAAGAAAAUAAUCCGCAAAAACAACAAGAUGGGUUCUUAUUUUUCCUCCUGUUGCUCUUGUUUUGGUAAAGUUGCUCUGCGCCAUGAAAUUGGUUCGAAAAUCAAAGAGCUGAGGAUAGAAUUGGAUGAUAUUAUUAGCGACAGGGAUAAGCUGUCCUUGAACAGCUAUCUUCCUCCUGCUGGUGAGCGACUACCAACUAGCUCCAUCAUUGAUGAAUCCGAUAUUGUUGCUACUCUGGCUCAACUAGUGUUCAAUGAAGAUGGCGUGAAGAGCCAUUUCGAUACGGUCAUAUGGGUGUCAGUGUCUGAUUAUUUUGAUCAGACCAGGAUUGCCAAGGAGAUUAUCCGAGGGGCAGGUGUUCACGUCCCGGAACAUUUAUCUGGAUGGAACGAUGAUUUGCACAAGCUUUUGUGUGAAUCUGUCAAGAAAAGCAGAUUUUUACUUGCUCUUGAUGAUAUGUGGACGGACGACGAUAGCAAGUGGGAACCUUUCAGAGUCGCCUUCAAAAAUGCUGCACAAGGAAGUCGAAUUUUGGUGAUCACUCGAAAGAAAAGCGUUGCUGAUAUGAUUGGUUCAAAUUACAGUCACCUCUUGGGAAUCUUAUCGGAGAAAUACUGCUGGCAACUUUUAAGUAGACUAGCUUUUCGAGGAAAGAAUGCGGAUAAAGUGCAUAACGAAGCUUGGAUAAACAUUGGCAAAGAAAUAGCAAACAAGUGUAAAGGUUCUGCAAAAGUUUUAGGAAAUCACUUGCGCGUAAAAGAAAACAUCAUCGACUGGCAGACGGUAAUGGAUAACGAAUUCAUUCGGCUACAAGAAAAAGCUGAAGACGGACGAACUAAUCAGCAUGUGGAUGGCACAAGGUCUUAUUGUGUGUCCACAGCAGGAUCAGGAGGAGAGGCAGUCGGCAAAGAGUAUUUCAACAGAUUCAUUCAACCCAGAAUCCCUUGUUUCUUCUAUUUCACAUGGAGAGAAAAAUCUGAGAACUUUGAGAUAGCACCAGUAAAGACAGUGGUUGAUGUUUUUGCUGCCCUACAUCCUCCUUCAUUGUUGGGGAAGUUGGAGAUAAUGAAUUACAGAGGUUCCAAGUUCUCAAACUGGAUUGAAAUGUUGCCUAACCUCCGUAAUUUGGAAUUAGAUCACUGUGAUUGCGUGGAGUUACCUGCAUUGCCAUCACUUGAACAUCUCAGUAUGCUUGAUAUGCACCAACUGAAACACAUCGGCCCUGAAUUUUAUGGUGGUGAUGGUCACAGGGCGGCAUUUCCACAACUCAAUACACUUCGAAUUUCGAAAGCGCAUUGCUUGGUAGACUUGACACUAAAAAGUAGUAGAGGUUUUGACAUUUUUCCAUUACUUCAUCAAGUUGAUCUUGAUGAUUGUAUAAAUCUGAAAGCACUACCCGCUUUUGGGAAACUACCGUCGCUUGAGUAUCUCAACAUUUCUUGUCUGGAUAAUGUGAAGCACAUCGGGACUGAGUUUUAUGGCGAUGGUGGUGGUUAUGCUGGCGGUGUGCCAUUUCCAAAGCUCAGAAAGCUUGUGAUAAAUGGAGCACCUAUGUUGGAGGAGUGGGACGUCUUUGCAACAGCAGGAGCUGGUCCAGAAGGGGUCGAUGUUAUGCCAUGCCUUGGUGAAUUAGAGCUUCGGAAUUGCGGCUUGAAAGCAUUACCAGCUUUGGGGAAACUUGGGUUGCUCAAAGAGCUAUAUAUCAGAGAUGUGGAUAAUUUGAAACACAUCGGAUCUGAAUUUUAUGGCGACGCUCAUGCUAAAAGAGUGGCCUUCCCGGGGUUGGAAACCCUUGAAAUUUGCGGAGCAGACAGCUUGGAGGAAUGGGCUUUUGGUGCAGAAGAAUGUGCCGACCAGAUCACCAAUAUUAUGCCUCGUCUUCGUAAAAUAGAAAUUCGACGAUGUGGUGCGUUAAAGAAGUUGCCAGCACUGGGGAAACUGCAGUCUCUUGAAACCAUCAACACAAGACAGAUGCAUAGUUUGAAAGAAAUCGGAAAUGAGUUUUAUGGACUGCGCACGGAUGUGGUAACUACAUCGGAGGCAGUCUUUCCAAAGUUGUACAAACUCCAUUUGUUAGAAAUGCAGAGUUUGCAAUGGUGGGAACCCGGAUCAACAGAAGGUAUCAUGCCAUGUCUGCGAAAACUGAAAAUGACUGAGUGCUCUAAUUUAAAGUCACUGCCGCAACAUCUCUCUAAUACUCUAGUAUCUUUGUCUUGGAAUGGUUCAAACUCAAAGAUACCCCCACGAUUAGGACAACUUAAGGCACUCCAAGAUUUGCACAUCCGCAGGUGUUCUUGGGAGUACGUGCCAACAGAGAUAAAAGACAUGCACAACCUCCGUACAUUGGAUAUCGAAAAUUGUAGAGAUCUGGAGGCAAGCUGUACCGGUGAUGGCUGGAAGAUCGUAUCGUCCACGACUCUCGUAGAUUAUGUGUGUUUGUUUCAAAUUCAUCUUUAUGUUGAUUUGUAA